AUGUCGUACUCCUCAUCAAACUCAAGCAUGACGUCCCUCUCCUCAACCGACGAAAAGCUCUCCAUGAUGCUUCUACCUUCCACCGACCUCCUGGUUCGAGACUUCGGGUGGCCUAGCACUUCCGCAAGGUAUCGCGGUGACCAUACGCAAGACAGCAACCCUGAUUGGGAACACGAUCCUCUCGACAGCGCCGAAGCUAAGCAAGAGGCCUUUAAAAAGAUGGAGAAGUCCUAUGCGAUAUAUAUGGGGAAUCUGGAGGGGAAAAGAGCCGUGCCAAAGAAGGAGAAGAAGCCUGUGUGGGCGAGAUUCUUGCCGUGGGUGCGAUGA